AUGUAUGAUGAAAGGAGCAUUCGUUUUCAGCAUUUAAAAGUGGAAAUACUCCCUGCGGAGCCUCCUAUUAAUUUUGAAAAUGAUGUCCUCUCAGUUUACACUCAGACCCAAGGGACCAUAUCAUUGGAUUCUGUAUCGGACAUUGACCCAACACCAUUAGAGAAUUUGAAAAAGAAACAAAAGCCGAGUAACUUACAACCAGAAAAGCCAAUAACUGCCAAAAAAGUAAAAGCGAAUAUUGAAGACCCACCAAAGGCUCUUCCAAUAACAGACGCUCUGUUUUGUGAGCGAAUACAACCUGGUGGUCCUUACAUGGCCGAAAAUCGCAAAGGCGAUCUCGAGAUGGAAUUCGUUAAUCAGCUGAUCGAGAAUGUUUUGGGAAUUGUGAACAGUUCCGGCAGUACCGAAUUGGAGCUGAAGAUCACAUUGGACAGAGAGGACAAUGGCCUUCCAAAAGUCCAAUUCGAGCUCAUACCAAAGUCACGGCUGAAAAAUCCAAUAGAUCGACUUAAUCGUGCUUACGUACAGUAUGCAAAGGUAUGA